AUGUCGGAUAUAGUUGUUUUGAGUGAUUCAAAUGAAUCUGUUUUAUCUGCUGAAUUAGUUGAUAAACAGAAAAAUGCUGAAGAUAAAAGUGAAAAGAAAUCUUCGCAUGAUGAUUUUGAUUUAAGUGACUUUGAAUUUCCUGAAAUACAAUUUGAUCAUGCCAUUAAUGAGGAUAAAACAAUUAACUUACAGAAUAUACACAAUAAAAGUCCUUCUCCAAAUUUUAAUUCCUAUGCUUUAUCACAGCAAACAAAUUAUGAAUAUACUAUUCUUAAUAAGAAUUCAAAACAGCAUAAAGUUAAAAAGUCUUUGUAUAAUGUGACCAAUUCAUCUGAUUCUGCAGAAAAUUCAUAUGAAGAAAGUAAAAACAUAAGAAAACAAAGGAAAGCUAAAAUUGUAGGAAAGAAAAAUAAAGAUCAAGUAAUUAAGGAAAGAUUAAAAAGGCAGGAACAACUAAUGAAAGAAAAAGUAUCAAAAGCACUUGCAUCUAAGAAGUCUAAAAAUAUUAAACCUGGUGAAUGCAUGAAAUUUAUGGAAGUUGUUCUUGAUAAAGGUAUGGAAAAUUUUGCUCCAUUUACAGAUAUAGUAAAGACACUGAUAGAUGCUAAUUUGCAAUACAGUAUUAAUGCAGAAUUAAUUUCAAAUAGCAUUAUGUGGAAAAGAAAUAUUGAAAAUAGCUAUGUUAAUGAAUCCAAUGAAAUAUGUACAACAACAGAUGUUGAAAAAGUUAAUCAAAUAUUAAUAGUUUGGAAUUGGGAUGAAACAGUAACAAAAAUAGCAAAUGACGGCUUUUGUGCAUCUAUCUCUAGCAUUAGGCAUUUAUUACCAAAUUAUAACAUAAUAUUAGUCAUUUUUGAAAUAGGAAACUAUUUUAUAUUUAAAAAUCAAAGAAACAAUUCAGAUAAAAGAGGGAAAAAAAAUAGAAUGCAAAAGACAAGCUCUAAAAAUAAUGAUAAGUUCAAAAACUCUCCAGAAAUAUCAAGGAAACAACUUGAAACAUGUCUUAAUGAAAUACAAAUUACUUCUGGAUGCAGCAGUAGAUUAAUUAACAACUCUGAAGAGUUAGCACUGAUGGUAUAUCAAUGUACCAAGGCUAUAGCAGAAAUACCACAUAAAUUAGAAAAAAGUACAAAUUUAACAAACAAAUUUGAUUGGUAUGUAAUGGGAGACAAUAGAAAUACUGUGCGUGUAGAUAAAGAUGGAAAUGGAUUGAAAAGAUUGUGGCAGCAACAGCUUUGUCAAUUUCAUUUGAGUAGCCUUGAAAUUGCAGAAGCAAUUUGUUCUGUAUAUCCAAGCCCUGCAUAUUUAAUAGAAGCUUAUAUGAAUUGUACAGAUAAUGAAGGAAUAAAUUUGUUGAAAGAUAUCCCGAUUAGAAGAGCUGCUGGACCACUUACAACUGUACGUAAAAUUGGCUUAGAAUUAAGUAAAAAGAUAUAUUUAAUGUUCAUGUCCAAGGAUGGUGAAAAUGCAUUAAGUUAA